CUUCACGUGUUAGCCGCGUCUUCUUCGCAGAGCAACUGCAACUGCAGAUUCGCAAUAGCUGCAAGCGCAAGUAAGUUAUUUUCUUCUUCCUUCUUCUUCUUUCUUCUCCACCGCCGAAACCAGUAAAAACUACCCUCUGUCGAAUCCAGAAGAAGUAUAUUGCGAAAUAACCCCCACCAUAUCCUUGACCGUAUCGCUCGUGUGUCCAUGGCGUAUCGAAGACGUACCGGAUGGUCAACAUAACAGAAAAGCCCACGAUACGUCGUUUUCCGUAUACGUAUCGGAGGAGUAUCCGAUACGAGCAUACCCCUCGCCGGCGUAUUGGUGCAACAUAGCUUGUAACAGUUCGACAUUUGGUUCAAUUAUUCCUGAACCGGCGUUUAUCCAAAACCGAACCGAUACUAGCAGCCGAGUCAUUAACCGACUCGAAAAUACCAUAGGGUGCUAAACCCUCUUUGAUUUGUCUCCUCCAUCUCGUCGUUUCUUCUUCCUCCUCCGUCCUCACUCGACUCACAUUCACAUUCACCCAUCUCUUUCUCUCUUCCUCGCAGUCUGUUUCCCUCUGUGAUUGGUCUUCCUCGCCGUCGCUUUCCCUCCCUCUGCGGUUGAGGUUUUAGGUUAUAGGGUUUAUAAUACGGCUACAACUUUUUCUCUCUGAUAAUAGAAUUUAUAAGUCUUAGGUUAUCUGUAAAAGCAGAGCUUAAUCACAAUGAAGGUGAAUGUAAUAUCUCGGUCCACAGAUGAAUACACUAAAGAACGAAGCCAAGACCUCCAGAGGGUAUUCCGUAAUUUCGACCCCAGCAUCCGAACGCAAGAGAAAGCAGUGGAAUAUGUCCGGGCAUGUAAUGCCGCAAAAUUAGAGAAGAUUUUUGCGAGGCCAUUUGUUGGAGCAAUGGAUGGACAUAUAGAUUCAAUUUCCUGUAUGGCAAAGAAUCCAAACCAUUUGACCAGAAUAUUUUCUGGUUCAAUGGAUGGAGAUAUUCGGCUCUGGGAUAUAGCUUCCAGGCGAACAGUUUGUCAAUUUCCUGGUCACCAAGGUGCUGUGCAAGGUUUAGCAGUAUCUACAGAUGGGCGUGUUCUUGUUUCUUGCGGAACUGACAGCACUGUCAGGCUUUGGGGUGUACCUGUUUCUACUCUUCUGGAGGAUGAUGUCUCAUCUGAUAAAUCUGCUCCACUGGAAACUUAUGUUUGGAAGAAUGCAUUUCGGGCUGUUGAUCACCAGUGGAAUUUUGAUCGUUUUGCUACAGGUGGAGCUGGAGUAGAUAUAUGGAACCACAACAGGUCUGCACCAGAGCAGAGUUUUGAAUGGGGAACAGACACAGUUGUAUCUAUAAAAUUUAAUCCUGGACAGCCAGAUAUCUUGGCAACAUCCGCAAGUGAUCGCAGCAUAGCAAUAUAUGACUUGCGCAUGGGGAAACCAGCAGCGAAGUUUAUUAUGAGGACAAGAACCAAUUCCAUUUCUUGGAAUCCAAUGGAGCCAAUCAACUUCACUGCUGUAAGCAUGUAACCUAAAGUUACUUAAGGAUUUGGAUUUGUCAUAGUUUUGUAU